AUGGCGGGGUUACAGAGGUCCGCCGUGUCAUUCCGGCGACAAGGCUCCUCCGGCUUGGUCUGGGACGACAGAUACUUCAGUGGCGAAUUGACACCGACAAUGCGCCGUCAUGAAGAACAACCUCAACGUGACGCUCUUUUCCUUUCCGGAGAAUUGAGGCCUUCUCGCAACGUUGGAUCCGCCUCCACCUUUGAACGGUCACGAUCUUCCGCCUCCCAUAGAAUAGAGGCUAUAUCCCCGUCACGGUCCCCGAGCGCCGCCAAUCCAUCUUCACCGAAGUUCACUGGCUGCGGCUUCUGCGGCGUCUUUGGCCGACCCAUCGGCGGUGCUCGCCACCACAAAUCCAAGCGUUGA